ACUGCCAUGUGAUUUACAAACUGUCAAUUUUGAGCCCGCCUCCUUACCCCAGAGCGAUGUGGAAGAUGAGUGGCCUCCUGCUGUCUAGAUUGCAACAUCAUGGCAACAUUUAUGGAACGCGUUGCAUUUGUUCCCAAAAUGCCCACCCUGAUGAAGGCCACAGCAGAUGAUGAAAACCCCUGCCCAGGCUACUUAUUUCAGGAAAUAGGAAAAAUCUCCCAUGAGUCUGCAGGAUCUGGUCAGUUUUUGUUGGAGUAUCUUCUAGACCGACUGCGGGUCGACUCCUGUCACGUCAAAAUUAAGGUGUUGAAGAUCUUCGUCCAUCUCUGUGCUCAUGGCUCGCAUCACUUCCUCACUGAGCUCAGAAGAAACUCCACCUUCAUCCAACAGGCGUCAGUAUACAGUGGUCCGGCGGACCCCAUCCAUGGCACUGCCCUCUUCCAGAAAGUCAGGAACACAGCGCAGGAAGUGGGCAGAUUGCUCUUCACAGACACGAUCUUGGAAAAGACCCCAGGCGGCUGCAUAGCUGCUCAGACGACAGGAAUGGGAUCUGAGGCGACCCACAGGACGGCCAUGCAGGGGUUCGGAUGUAGCCCAGGGAAGCAGGGGGCAGUGUCAAGCAGCAGCAGCCUUCUGGAUAAGCUCCAGCACGCCGCCGGGGUGGUGGCGAGCGCCGUCCUCCCUCCGCACGAGCAACAGGGCAUCCGUCUCCAUGACAACCACUACCGCGCGGCGGCGGCGCCCCCAACGCCCAUAGAGGUGGCGGUGGCGGCGUGUGCAUACGACCUACCUCCGCGCGGAAACACAGGUACCAAGAGGUGCCCCGGCCAGGUGGGCGGCGGCUGGGAGGAAAUAGACAGCAGCAACGGCUCCUCGCACAACUCCUCUCAGGGCCUCGCAGCCAACGGCCAGGCCUCGUUUGGCAGGAGCAGCAAGUCAGGGGGGACCGGCAGCCAAUCGGCUGGCAGUAGAGAGAGCAGUGGGGACCUCUCGGAGAGGUGGGCUGCUGGGGUGGAGGCCAUGCAGCUAGGGGACUGUGGCCAGGAGAUGGCGCUGAUCAGCAGGCUGACCGAAGGCUCCAAGGUCUUCCUAACCAGAGAGGAGAGCCAGUACUUUAUCAAAGAGUGCGCAACACUAAACUGCGAGGUCGUGGUGGAGCUCCUCUCAAGGCAACUCCAGGAAAACUCCCACACUGUCCAAAUGAGGGCGCUGUGUGCGGUGGCCUGCCUCCUCACCUGUGACCUCCUUUCUCUGGAGCAAAUCUUUGGAGCUACGCGCCACCGGCUCGGCAAGCUGAGCGAGGGUCCUCAGGGAUCGUUGACUAACAAAGCCACCAAGAUAUUGCGCCAGCUCGAAGCCAUGCUGGGCGGGACCGGGCGUGUCCUCAGACCGGAAGUGGUAGCCAGCGACCACUUGGCCUCAGAUGACCAGCCCUUUAACGCGACGUACCCAGUGGCUCCUCCACCCCUUGCGCCCAGCCUCUCCGCCGGGCUCUCCAGCCUCCGCAGCUACCAAGAGACCCCGCUGAUGUCCCCAAAGCCCUCCAUGGACGUCACCGACUGCCCGUCCCCUUCCGGUCGAGAAGAGGACCAGAACGGUUCCUCGGUCCACGACCACGGAGAGGCUCCCCCGAGUGCCUCAGAAGAGUCGGGUGACAGCCAGGCAGAGGCUGCCAGGACUAGCGAGGCAAAGGGGAACUCGGUUGGGGAAAGCAGCCAACGUCCUGGCGGCUGGGAGUCUCUAUCCGAUUCGGAGCCAUCGUGCGUGGGAAGGCUCUCGCUGUUCAGAGGCAUGGAGCUGGUGGUGAGGGGGGGCGCCUCCACCUCCUCACCCCAAACAGACCUGACGGAUGCAUCCAGUCUCAGCCAUGUUGGAGGAAACCCAACCGCAGAUCACCCUUUACUAAACUCUGGAGGUUCCUGUUUUGGUAAAAACAGCAGCGUUGCGACCCCAAGCAGCCAGACAGUAUCAGCCUUUUCCUUCCUUAACUGUUGACGAAGGUCACAGUCUGGAUGGUUAAGUUAUGUCAAUCAAGUCCUUAUUCAGUAUGAACAGGUAUGAUACAGGUAUGAGCAGAUAAAGGUCUGACACUACGCUAGAUGUCUUUGCAUUUCCAAUGCAAGUAUCUGAUGUUAAAAGCCAUAACUAUAUUAAUUUUUCUGCUCAUGAAUUCAUGAUCCAUAGAGUAAAGCUAUAAGAAUUGGGUCAACCUCCCCUUGAAUUAACGUUCUAACUCUACAAUGCUUAUUUAAAGUAACAAAUCUGAUUUACUACUCUUUAUGAGCUAAUAGAAACACUAGAGAACCUAGGAACUGCAUAAUUACUUAAAUCUGGUAUGGGGGCAUCCCCUAGUAGUAUAUACUAGUUAAUGCGACUAGGUAUGAACCAGACUCGGCUCUGGAAGGAUAUGAGUGUGUGCUGGAUAGGUCAUGCUGUGGCCUCUCUUGCUGUCCACAGUUGGUCCACUUAAGACCAUGCACUAUCACUUAACAUUGGCAAGUCAUCCACAAAUCCGCAGAGUGGAGGACCCUCUGGCGCCAUGCAGUGCAGUGCAAGGCACUGUGGGCUUGAACUCUGUGCAGUGUUAUAUAAGUUCUACAGGUGACCGAGGUUAUGCCUCCGGUUUGUUGCAGGAAGCUAGAUCUCUUCAGUGCAGGACAGUCAUUCUUGAUUCACAUGUUUACAUAACAUUCAUUUUUAUCAAAAAUUCUACAGUAUGAAGUGUCUGUUAAAGUGUCUGAUAAAGUUUGUUUUGUUUUUUGUAGGUACGAAAGAGUAAUGAGUCAGUGAGGUUUUAUUUCUAUGCUAUUUAUACCAUCAUGUUGAAUCCUGUCCACAAAUGGAAUGCAUAGGGCAUAUCGGUGCUUGGUAACAAGUUGGAAAAAUAUUAGAUGAAAAAAAGUGAUAAAAAAAUAUAUUGAUCUGGAACCGGAUCGGCUUAGAUCAAAUAACACCAGCUUUGAGUAUCAAAGACAAGAAUGGAAAGCUAUAUAGGAUUCCUUGCCUAUUAAGACGCUGUUUGAAUUAAUUGGAUAUGAACUGCAGAAUGCAUCCCAAAUUCUGCUUGAAAUAACAAAUGGUACGAAUAGUGUGACUGCUAUUAAAAGACAAUAAAACAACCUUCAGUGUACUCACCCACACACACUUGGCUUUUAUUGGGUCAAACUUUCAAAAUUUGAAUUCAUUUUGAUUGAGCAUUUGAAUAUGGAAAAAGGAACAAAGCAUAAAAAUGAACAGACAUAAAUCCUGAUUUAACUUAAUGAACACAGUGUCUUGGUCAUACCACACAGGCCAUGGAGCAGUAGGUAAAACAAACUUUCAAUCAACUGCUUUGUUUAAUUUUUUUAACCUUGUACAUACAUAUAUGUGCAUAAAGAAAAAAAAACAUAACUUUACAAACGGAACUGAAGAGUUGUAUGGAGCACCAAGUUCUCUUGUGCAUCUCCCUGGCAGUGUCUCACCUACAGGAAUUCACUCCAAGGAGCCUAUAAAUAGCCAGGGUCUUAUGUGAAGCAGCGUCUCAGUGGCGACCAAUCUUCUCCGUUACCAUCAAGCCGCACCAAACCACGCUUUCAAAUAUUACUUUUAAUCACUUUGGUUAUCUAUCCACAAAUACACACACACAAAGAGUUCAGAACUCGAUGGGGGGGUUUUCCUUACAAAGAGCAAAAGCUGAUUUUGAGUUGGCCUUCCGUUACCAGUCGGUGUGAGGUGAGUCGGAUGCAUGGACCUUGUAAACUUGCUGCACAUGGAAAACACUGGACGACUCGCGUCUUGAGUAAACAAGAAGAAAGACUGGAUAAAGUGUUUCGCUUUGUGUAGCACUUUGAUCACACACACCUCUCAUCGUCAUCUUUUCAAUUAGCACCAAUGAAAUGUUUGCACGACAACACUUGCAUGUAAAAGAGAAUGUUGCCCUCUUCCUAAAGUGCCUGAAGUACAUACAUACGGUACAUACAUACUGACACCACAC